AUGGUAACCCAAGUCUGCGAGGGUCAGUUCACCUCAACGAUUUACGGUUUCGUGAAGGAGCGAAAGUAUGCCGAGGCAAUCGACAUUCUCACUCAACAGCGCUACGUCCACCCCAACUCGCGCGCGGCACUCUCCCUCCUCGGCUACUGCUACUACCAGAUCCAAGACUUCGUGCAGGCCGCCGACUGCUACGAGAAGCUAGCGCAGGACAACCCCACCAACGAUGACUACAAGCUCUACUUCGCGCAAUCCCUCUACAAGGCCUCCCUCUUCGAGCCUGCAAUGAAGGUGGUGGUGCAGAUUGAGAAUCCGGAGUACAAGGAUCGGGUGAUCAAGUUGCAGGCGGCGAUUCGUUACGGUGAGGGUGACAUGACCGGGGCCGCGGCGUUCAUUGAGCAGUGCCUUGUCGACGAUCCCGACACGUCGGUUAAUGUGGGGUGUCUGCUUUACCGCGAGGGCAAGUACCCCCAGGCGUGCAAACGCUUCCAGCAGGUCAUGACGGUGGUGGGGUUUCAACCGACCAUAGCCUACAACAUUGCGCUUUGCUUCUACCAAAUGAAGCAUUAUGCCCAGUCGCUGAAGCACAUCGCGACAAUUAUUGAAAAGGGCAUUCACGACCACCCUGAAUUAGGCGUCGGAAUGAUCACAGAGGGCCUAGAAGUUCGUAGCGUGGGCAACACAAAUACCCUGCAGGAGACAGCCCUAGUUGAGACGUUCAAUUUAAAGGCGGCAAUAGAGUACAACCUCGGCGAUAUAACGGCGGCCUGCGAAGCCCUCACCGACAUGCCGCCGCGUUCCGAGGAGGAGUUGGAUCACGUGACACUGCACAACCACGCCCUCAUGAACAUGGAGACGGCGCCGUUGGCAGGCUUCCAGAAACUGCAGUUCCUGCUGCAGCAGCAGCCAACCUUCCCCAAGGAGACCUUCGCGAACCUCCUCCUGCUCUACAUCAAGCACGGCUACUUCGAUCUGGCCGCGGACGUGUUGGCAGAAAACGCGCCGCUCGCCUACGAAUGCCUCAGCCCGGAGCUGCUGGACUUCAUUGAGGCCGUGGUGAUGCGUCAGACGGCCCCCGAAGACGCCUACAACCGCCUCGACCAGAUGGUGGGCAAGAGCACGGAGCACCUGCGAAAUCUCACAAAGCAGAUUCAGGAGGCUCGCAAAGCCCAAGACGACGAGGCGCUGAAGGUCUCCGUCAACGAGUACGACCUCGCUGUCGAGAAGUACAUAGCUGUCCUCAUGCAACAGGCCAAAAUCUACUGGGAUGUGCAUAAUUACCAGCAGGUCGAGCGCAUCUUCCGGAAGUCUGUGGAGUUUUGCAACGACCACGAGGUCUGGAAACUGAAUGUGGCGCAUGUACUGUUCAUGCAGGACAACAAGUACAAGGAGGCGAGCGAGUUCUACGAGCCAAUCGUGAAGAAGCACUUCGACAGCCUCCUCAGCAUCAGUGCCAUCAUCAUCGCCAACUUGUGUGUCACCUACAUCAUGACGAGUGUCAACGAAGACGCGGAGGAGUUGAUGCGGAAGAUUGAGAAGGAGGAGGAGGCGCUGGCGUACGAGGACCCCAACAAGAAGGUCUUCCACCUGUGCAUCGUGAACCUCGUCAUUGGAACCCUGUACUGCACUCGGGGGAAUUAUGACUUUGGCAUUAGCCGUGUUAUCAAGAGUUUGGAGCCCUACCAGAAGAAACUUGGCACGGACACCUGGUACUACGCCAAACGGUGCUUCUUGUCGAUGAUCGAAAAUAUGGCCAAGCACAUGAUUAUGAUCAAAGAUAGCGUUCUUCUAGAUUGCAUUGAAUUUCUGGAACAUUGCGAAUGCAAGUCCAACCUGUAUGGCAGAAACGUGAAAGUUCAAUCUGAACAGCCAUUGGACGGCACUAAACUCCACCCGGGUCGCAACACCGUGACGUACGAGGCUCGUGUGCUGAAAUCCCUGCUUCUUGAACUAAUGAACAGAUAG